AUGCCUUCGGCUACGCCUUGGUCAUAUGUCCUGAUUCGGUUGCUCUUCCGUUUCGUAUUGAAGAUUUUCUAUGGUACCAUAGUCGUCGAGGGCGCAAGCAACGUACCUAAGACCGGUAAACCAUGCAUUGUCUGCGCCAACCACAGCAAUUCCUUGACCGAUGCGCUGAUGCUCGUGACGACCAUUCCACCCAAGGAGCGCAAUUUCAUCCGCCUCACGGCCAAGGCUACUCAGUUCGGCAAACGAACAUUUACAUCCUGGCUCAUUGAAAGUGCUGGCACUGUCCCUAUACGCCGAAAGAAAGACUACGCCGAGGGAGAAUCCGUAGACAACACGGACACCAUGGACAAACUAAUCCAGGCUCUGGAAAUGGGUGAUGCUGUUUGCUUAUUCCCUGAAGGAAUGAGUCGAUACCAUCCCAGUGUCGCUCCUCUUAAGACAGGCGUUGCCAGGAUGAUAUCGGACAUCCUAACGCGUAACCGUAAUAACCCGACCUUCGAGAUUUCUCUGCUCAACUGCUCCGUAACGUAUAUGCAUCGCGAGCAUUUCAGGUCGGAUGUGCUUGUCACGUUCCACCCACCCAUGGUUUUCACGCCCAAAACUCAUCCUGAGCUGCUCGAACCUGUCGAAUUCAGCAAUGUUCGUGCGCUCACGGCGCAAAUGUCUGAACAGAUUACCUCGGGGACAUUCGAUUCUCCAUCAUGGGAUCUCGUACGCGUCAGCAAACUAGCCGCAAGGAUGUAUGCUCCUCUUGGCACCCGCAUGACGCUGGGCGACUACGUUCGUGUCGUGAGGACAUUUCUUGAGGCUUUUAAAGCUGGAGAACCAGUUUCUGGUUCGGAUGAUGUCCACACCGUGGAUGACGAGAAGGUCUCUGCCGAAACGAGUGACCUCGCAAGACUGCGAGAAGACUUACGCGCCUACCAAGACGAGCUUGCGCGCCUUGGAAUCAAGGAUGACCGAAUACGACGACGGCCUUUACCCAGACUUACUAUCAUAGGACGCAUGAUUCUCCGAAUCACCUGGGCAAUCUGUUUAUUCUCACUCUCCCUCCCUGGUCUUGUCCUAUGGGCCCCCGUCUUUAUUACCAUAGUCUAUGCCGUUCACAACUUCAAAAAGACAGGCCCAAUUUUCGACACGUUCGACGAAAUCGCACAGUAUAAACUAGUCUAUGGGCUUGUCUCCGGCCUCUGUGUAUGGUUUGGUGCAACAGCGGCCACGUUUCCCUUCUCCGUGGUCACCUUUAUGCUUGUUCCGGCGCUGAUGUGGAUGACCUUGCGUUGGUUCGAAGAUGCAGUGUCGGCUUUGCGUGCCUUUAUGGCAUUAGGGCGGUUGCUUCUCGUCGGCCCAACCACCUUGCGAAAGAUGUAUUGGAAAAGGGAUGCCCUUUACGACCGAGUGAUGAAGCUGGCAAUUGAUACUCUUGCCUUACCCAACAACCCAGAGGUAUAUUUUAUUCGACACGGAGGACGGGAAAAAGGCCGUGUCAGAGGUCGCUGGGAGUCUGGUUCCCGCUAUUUCUCGAUCAAGCGGCGACGAAAGAGGGACUGGAAUGAAAGUUUACGCUUAUACGACAUUGUGGACUACCCGGAGGACGAUUCUUAA